AUGGGCGCGGGUGACAGGGGGUCGUUCGUGGCCAUGGCGGAGACAGCCGACCGCCAGGGCGCCCGGGUCCCGGCUGCCGCCUGGAAUCGGGCUUGCGCCGUUGGAUGCAUCGUACUGCGCUGCAAAGUGAACGAUUUCAGUAAUGCAUGUGCUGCAUGCGCCUGUGCGUCGUCACUUGCCAUGGAACAUGUGCUCCUGGUUUGCGCAGAUGCCUGGGCGCGAAGACCAAUCUUCCUCGACACCGGGCAGGCUGGCCAUGCUCUGGCCAUGCGCAGCAGGAGAGUCAGCAGGCCCUCACACAGUGCGGUCCCUCCGUGCUUCCCUGAUCACUGGUUCUUACGCCACCAGAGUGAUACAUGCAAUUAUUGA